AUGGUGGCGCGCUCGGUGGUCGCACUGGAGCAGCUGGAGGGCGAGCUGCGCGCCGCCUGCCCGGCGCUCCACGUGCGCGGCCUACCCACUGACCUGGCCUUGGACGACAGGCCACAGCGCAUGGUGCACGCCGCCAGGGAGCUCUGUGGGAUGGGCUGA